AUACCUUGUUGCUCUAAUCAAAUACCACCACCAUCCAUCGUGGGUGCAUAAAGAUGCUGGACGUUAGUUUCCUUCCAUCUUUGCCUUUGCACGACAUCGAGCGGGCCUCUCAAUUAAUUUUGCACGCUUAUGGCGUCCCUAACCCCACUACAUCCAACGAUGAACUCCGUCGUUUGCAGCAGGAGCUUUUCAGCAUUCAAAAGCUUCCGGAAGCCUGGGGCCUCGUCAUUCCCCUGUUAAAUCACCAAGAUGAAAAUGUCCAGUUUUUCGGAGCACAUACUGCGCAGGUUAAGAUAGCACGGGAUUGGGCGACCUUUCCUCAAGAGCAUGCGGAGCCACUAAGAGAUCUGCUUGUACAACUCACAUCUCACUCGGUCAACGUCAGGAAGUCCAAAGUUAUUUUGCGAAAACUCUUUGUUUCCCUCGCGUCACUAGCACUCAAAUUGGUACCCCAACAUCCUACGCGGUGGCCUGAUUGGAUUUUGCAUUGUGUCACAUCUUUGUCUGGAAACGGGGCAUCUGCCGAAUAUAUUUUGGACUUUCUUUCCAUCGUCGCAGAAGAGGUUGAUACGGCGGAUCUAAUGGGCCCCAGUAAAUCGCGCAUGCAGCAAAGCAUGAACGAUGCCAUUCCUCUUGUUAUUCAAGCAAUAAGAACGUCAAUCGAGUCACCAGUUAAUGUUGCUUCCUCUCACGAACUCUCAUCGGCUUUGAAAUGUUUCCAGUCGUGGUUGUCAAUCCUUCCAACUAGUGAAUUUUCCCCACUUAUUCCAGCUAUCAUCACCCUCCUCAAUCCCGAAUUCGAUACUACCUUUGUAGCUGCAUCUGAUACCCUCCAAGAGAUUAUGUCUAAAUCACCUUUGUCUGAUGGUUCCGGCACUAGAAUAUUGACUGAACCACUCCUCCUUUGGCUACAUCUCACUGGUACCAACAUCGUUGAUUCAACGGUCCAAUCGGGAUACACGGAUGAUGUAUCGUAUUCGCUGUGCAAAUUGCUCGCCGCUCUCGGUGAUCAUUCCGCCAGCCAUCUUGCCGCUAAUAUUGCGUCCUCCGCUUCCGUGACUCUCCUCCCAUCCUCGAUUCCGGGUGGUGUUUCCCCAGUAGACCUUAAUAAGACCAAGGGUCAACUGUGCCAGACAUUCCUUAGGUUACUGCUUGCGUACACCGGCUUUCCUGGAUUUUAUGGAGUGGACGAAGAUGUGAGCGAAAUGACGCUUGGGUUCUGGUACAUGUUGCAGGAGGCAUUAUGGAACAACGAUUUCUACUUCCCUGAUGGCGGGGAGACCCAAGCAUCUCAGCAAUCAGAGAUGGGGGAUCAAAGUGGGGUAGCCAAGGCACUUUAUGUUCAGCUUGUCCAAGUAUUGAAGCGAAAGAUAACCUGGCCUUCAUCAGGUCACAACUGGUCGAAAGACCAAAUAGAUAAAUUUGUAGUAUAUCGGCGGGAUGUCGGUGACAUUCUCAUUAAUGCGUAUUAUAUUAUUCGGGACGAUAUGGUCGUGUAUUUCGUCAAUGAUGUCGUGGAUCGUUUGGCAUCUCGGUCGAGGGAGCAAACACAAGGUUGGGAGGACAUUGAAGCCACUUUACAUUGUAUCUCAUCUAUCCAAGAAGCGUUGGAUUACGAAAAGACGCCUCGAAUAGAGCUCCUUUUCUCGCCGCAAACUUUAAAUCGGCUUCCUGCAACAGGAAAUAUCCGAAUCAGACGAACGAUGUUGGGUCUCAUUGGCGCUUAUGCAUCAUGGUUUGCUGUGUCCAACCGUACCACUCCUUCAAAGACCGAACUUCUUAUGUCAACUAUUUCAUUUAUUGUGCAAGCUCUUCCCGACCAGAUGCUCUCUCUCCAAGCAGCAUCAGCAUUACGGAAUAUUUGUGAUGCCAAUAGAACUGCUCUUGCUCCUCAAAUCGGAGCUUUUGCCGAGCUGCAUACAGGAUUAGCUCAGAUACCUGACUCAGAGAAAAGCAAGGUAAUGGAGUCAAUAGCCAGCGUGGUACAAGCUCUACCUCCACUGGAUGCAAUUCCUACUGUUGAGGUUAUUGUUGGUCCCAUCCUUUCUAGAAUUUUCUCGGUCUUGCAAUCACAGAACAUGGCUUCAGCGGGGGCUCGCGAUAUAUGUGUUCUUCAACUGGAGACUCUUACUGGUAUUGCAAGGGGUCUUACUAGAAUAUCCACGUUCGGUGAUGGUCUGUCGGAUGAAGAGCCGGGGGAUGACAAGGAAAUACAAUCAAUAGAGGCGGCUCGACAAGAUCUCAGGAUGGUCCAGUUGAGAGAAAGCAUCCUCAACGCUGUUCGUGGAUGUGUUGAUAUGUUCCGUGACGCGGAAAUUACUCAAGAACUCAACGACCUCGUUAAAUCAAUAACGUCGUUGCCGUCUGACGCUACCCUCAUAACUCUGCCCGCGCCUCCUUUGUUGGAAAUCGUCUGCUUUGCUUUACAGCGUCAACCCACCGCGUCAUGGCUGACACUGGCUGGUAUCCUUAUCAACCAAUUGAGUCCUCCACCUCCCAUGCCAAUACGAGGCAAGAAUUCAGAAAAGGAGGAACAAAGGGCGAAGGCUCAAAGAGAGUCAGAGGAACAAGCGAAGCUGGUUGUAGCUGGGGUUUUACCUGUAUUGUUAAAUUCCUCUCUGUUGGUUUUUGCGGCACCUGGGGGAAUGGAAAAUAAUCCUGACAUCGUCCAAGAAUUUUUCCUAUGCUUGGAUAGGGUCGCUCAAGAUUUCACUGGGAACUUCUAUACUCUUCCUCUAGGUGCACUGGGAGCAUUGAUGCAAUGUACGAUACGUGCUUUGACGCUACAAGAACGGUACUCAUUAGUCGCAGCCUGCACCUUCCUGAGUACAUUCAUACAUCGUUCAUACGUUCACGCAACUCUCGCGUCAUACCGAGAACAAUUUAUCGCCACCUAUGGCCGUGCGAUCAUGCAGGCCAUCUUGAGCGGUUUGGCGGGUCAAGCGCCCCGCAGCGUGACCCAAAAUCUCAUUGAGAUGCUCUCAACAAUGCUGACCCGAUGCUCAGAGGAGAGUCAAGUCUGGUUGAAAGAAGUCUUGUUUGAUCAAAACUUUACGUCGUCCAAAGCGACACUGGAAGAUAAAGAGCGAUUCAUGAAAAGCAUAACUGGUUCAAGGUCAUUAAAAAAGACUCGAGAAGCUGCCCAACAAUUCACCCUGGUGGCACGGGGAUUAGAAGGUACCAGCUUUGGCUAUGCCUCUGUUUCGAUGUAGAGAUACGACUAUUGUGUUCUACUUCGAUGCCAGGGAUAAUAUACUUUGACCAUUCGAUAUGUAUUUGUGUAUCUGACCAUUAUUAUAGUCAUAAUAUCAUGUACAUUAAAUGUUACUCUUGCUCACAAAUGGGAAAGUUCUUU